CGAUAUGAUGCCAGCUCUUGCCUCUCUCGAUCGCCCCUCCUCGCCACCGCUCUGCAAGGAGGAAGAUGUGGCGUCGCAGGCUAUGGAGCUGGCGAUGAUGGCGCAGUGGCCGAGCUUGAGCACAGCCAGCGUCAAGGAUUUGGAUGGAAUUGCUGCUGUUGUUGGGCAAAGGGCGCUCUUUGGAGGAGCUUCUUCUUCUUCCUCUGUCCCGCCGCUGCUCGAGAUUGCGCCGCUCGCGAUCGCGUCAAGCUCUUCAUCGUCUCCUCCACCGGAGAAGAGCUCCAGCGCCCCCGCCGGCGCGAGCUCCUCCUCCAUUUCCAGCUCGCCCAGGGCGUUUCGUGGAGUGAGGAAGAGGCCGUGGGGGCGAUGGUCCGCGGAGAUCCGCGACCGAAUUGGGCGAUGCCGCCACUGGCUCGGGACGUUCGACACGCCCGAGGACGCCGCCCGCGCCUACGACGCCGCCGCUCGCAAGCUCCGCGGCGCCAAAGCUCGCACCAAUUUCUCCGUGCCGAGCUCCUCCAUCUUCCCACUCCCGCCACUUCCUCAUCGGCCUUCGACACCCUCGCCAUCAAUCUCAUCGCGGGGAGCAGCUCCAUCUUCCCCGGCAUUGUCAUGGCUCGAUCUCAAACUCGGGAGCUCCGGGGGAUCAUCCUCCCCGAAGCAAAGGCCGAGCGGUGGAUUACCUCCCACUCCAAGCAAGCUGGAGCUGGAUUGAAAAGAACAAAAGCAGGAUCCAUCUCUACACAAAAGCCUAGAGAGGUUUUUUUCUUUCAGGUCUCUCCAGAAAGUACCACUGAGCUAAAAGACAGGAGAGCUAGAUUCGAUCAAUUUUUACUCUCUGUGCACGAAUAUAUUUUACGAAUUUGGGCAGACGUCCUCUCCCUAUCAAUCUAGUUUCUUUUCUCUCCCUCUCUUUUAUAAAUUAUGAAACCAUUUAUCA